UGCAGCUCUACUGUGAAACAUGGCCACCACAAUGAAGAUGAAACCAGGCGCGAUUUGCAGCUUGAAUUCUCAUCUGAAGGAGCUUCCUCUUUUGGAUUCGAGCUCGCUUCGUCCGAGCAUCAGAGAAUUUGGGUUCAAUCGUCGUAAUGUGAAUCUAAAACAGUCCAGAAAUGCGUCACUUGUUCCGGUCGUAAGAGCCCAGAGUUCCCCUGAUUAUUUCCCGGACUCCAAGUUUUACAAAGUUGAAGCGAUUCUCAGGCCCUGGAGAGUUCCUACGGUUUCUACGGCCCUACUUAAAAUCGGUAUCCGUGGAGUUACCAUAUCUGAUGUGCGGGGAUUUGGUGCUCAAGGUGGUUCUAAAGAGAGACAGGGUGGUUCUGAAUUUGAUGAAGACAACUAUAUUGCUAAAGUUAAAAUGGAGAUUGUAGUGAGCAAAGACCAGGUCGAAGCAGUAGUUAGCAAGAUAAUUGAGGAAGCAAGGACUGGAGAAAUUGGUGAUGGGAAGAUCUUCUUGGUGCCGGUGGCAGAUGUAAUUAGAGUUCGCACUGGAGAGCGCGGAGAGAAGGCUGAGAAAAUGACAGGAGGGCUAUCAGACAUAACUUCUGUCUCUGCUGCAUGAACCGUUGGGUUAACCUGAGUAAUCGCAUUUGACCAUCUACUUUUCCCUUGUAUAUCAAAGAUUACCAAUUGCUUUUUUUUUUCUGUGUAAUGUGGUUUGAAGUGAAAAAUAAGGUGUAAAACUAGUCAUGUAGCUUCUCUAUCCGAAAAAAGAAAAAUCAUUGGAAUAUAAUCCCAGUAGUUAUGUUUCAAUAAUACAACGCUUGUCUGUAAGCCUGUAUGUAUCAAUCAAGAAGGGGAUUGCGAUUAU